GGCAGUCUUUGAUUCCAGGGGAGCAAAUCAACACUUCCUGUUCCCUCUGCCUGGACCAAUUCCCCCUACUUUCUUCUCUGUGGCAUGAAGGAACACAUACCCCCUAUCAACACCCUCCUGCACUUUCAAGAAGCAAGUCAAAUGUCACCUUGUCAUCCAUGAUGGCUCCUGAUUCUCUCUUCUGAUUAUUGAGCUCUCUCUUUUUUCCUUUGGCUUAUUCUUCCAUUCCAACAAGUGCUUUCCACAGAUUAUGAACUCUUCCAUACCCCAAUUCACAUAGUACUUGCCUUGUACCCCAGUGCCUGGCACUGCUCCCAGACCAAAGCCUAGCUGAAAGGAAAAAAAUAAAAGGGUGAAUGCAUACUGCCUUAGCUUUUAAUUUGGACAUUAUUUCUUGAGUAGGAGUUUUAAAAAUUGCUUCAUUUUAAACCAAUGUUAGGUAAUACCUAACAUACCUGUGUAGGUAAUACCUGCACAAUAUGGAGCACCAGAAAUCAUAAAGAAUAAAGCAAAAAUAACCUGCAGUCUUGCUGCUCCAAGAUGGCUGCUGUUAUACACCUGUGGAUAUAAUUUUAGAAAAGUUGGCUGAAAUCUUUCCAUAUAAUUUUGUGUUCCAAUUUUGCACUUCCUUCUUACCAUGUCAGUAGAAGUCUUAGAAAUGUGAUUUUAAUGGCCACAUAAUAUUUGAUCCAUUCACGAAUGCAUUCCCUGACUCUGAACAAUUUCAAGUGUUUCGGGACUAUAAGAAAUGCUGCCACAUACUUCCUGGUGCAUAAUUCCCUGUUUGUGUCCCUUAAUCCCACAUGUAGCCUCCCUGACCAAUUUCUUCAGCUUGCAAUAGAAAUUAAGGUCAUCACUUCUUUAUGUCUUCAUUAUUUCUGCCCCACCUCACCUGUCACUUAUUAUCAGGGGUAUCCAGUCAUUCCUUCUUGGUGUCAAAGCACCCAGAAGCUCAUUCAGAGGGAUCAGCCAGUCCUCCUUUCCCCACCCAGGUGAAGAGAGAGAACCGGAAGUUGGACCCGUCCAUUGGCAUGAUUGUGUGAAUGACUAGCAAACAGUGCAGCUCCUGAAUCUCAGUCUUCUGUGAUCUGCUGUAGACCUUUUUGCUGCAGCAUUGAUGAUUGUGGCUCACAACCCUUUGGGGGCAACUCUUGCACCUUCCUAUGGCCUCAGGUUGCAGCUAUCCGAGCACAAAUUUACUUUAUUCUCCACUGAAGUCUGACUCUGGGCCAUGGUGACUACACCCACAGGGGCUUCCCGCUCCACUGUGUCAACCAAGAACACUAGCUCAUCUUUACCCUUCUACCUUUGACACCCUCUCUGAAUCCUUGGGGGGUCUGUCUUUUUAUAUGACAUGGACUUCAAUCUGGUUUGUUUCUAAGAUAUAGCUAUAUCUGUAAGAUAGAAUUCAAAUACGUGUAUAUGAAGAUGAUAAUAUUCUCAUACCUAGUGUUUUUAUUGAUUGAUCUGUAAGGCUUUAUAAUGAACAUUUCAACUAUCUUUCUAUCUAUUAAUAACUUCUACUUUUCGUAUUUGAUGUAAAGUUUUGGAGGCCAUAGAGGUUCAUGAAGGUUGUACCUUUAUUAUGGAUUGUAUCUUUUUGUAACAGAAAGAUCUUUUUGUUCUCUUUAAUCCUUUUAAUAUUAAUCAAAUACUCCUUAAGGUUAAUAUGAAAUCCCUAUCUCUACUUUUUCUUGGACUGUGUUGGCUUGUUCUCUUGGACUUUCUGAAAUAGUUGACUUGGAUGAAGGAUUCUUUCCCUGCUUGUCAGGUUGUUCUUUUUAUUUAUUUUUUCUUCUAGUACACGAGAAAAAAAUGGAAUACAAUACUUCACCUGAAAUUACUCAACUACGAAAGCCUCCAUCUCCUAUUCACUGUUAAAAAACAAAUAAAACUUUAUGAGUAUAAAAUUAAUACAUGUUUGAUGGGAGGCAAUAUUCCAUGGGUCUCUUGUUUUUCUGUACAUUUUGUGAGCAGUGACAGUGAGUGCUUCUCUUCUAUAUAAUCUCUUCAAGAAUGUUUCUAUAGUGAAUGGCCUUGGAAGAUGAAAAUGGUGCCUUUCCAGAGCAAAGGGAGGGUUUUUCACUGUCCACUCUAAUAAAUAUAAUGUUUUCUUCUGGGGAAACAUCAGGAAGGCUUAUUGCCAAUUACAAAGGUUUGAUUUUUUAAGGUUGGGGGUCCUCUCCUCUAAAUCGCCCACUAUGUAAACAGGUGCUGCCUGGCCUUAUUCAUGUCAUUCCGUGGGAACUGGGGCUUAGGGAACUGGUAUAAAUGCUGAUACGCUGGGUCCUAUUAUUCAUGUGAGUAAUGAAGUCCUUUGUCUCGGACCCAAGAGUUUUGUGUCUUCUGCCACUCUCCGUGAAAUUUGCAGACUAGCUUGUUAGCUUGUAAGCAGGGUAAAGUCUCAGACCCUUUAUAGUUCUUGACACUGCUUAUUGAAAAAAGUUUUUGGAAAAUGCAGAUGAUCAAGAAGAAAGAAAAAGUAUCAGAAAAACCUGAAUUCUGAAUAUUUUUGUUUCCCACUUCUUCAUUUAUCAUUUUAAUUAUGAUGAUGCUCUGACAACAAUAAGGAGGGCUGAGCCAUGUUGGCUGACCAGAGCACAUAUGCUCAACCACAAGGCUGUAUUGCAUAUUAUAUACUUUGAAAAUGUCACUUAGGGGUGCCUGGGUGGCUCAGUUAGUUAAGCAGCCAAAUCUUGAUUUCAGCUCAGGUCAUAUAGAGUACGAGUUGAUUAUCCACUCAUUCACUGAUGGAAUCAAUAUUCGUUUUCUGCUAAAAUUAACCACUAUUGCUGUUUCUUGUUUGCAAGCAAGAACCCAGAGUGAAACAUGCUGGAAUGUAACCAAUCGUCAGGAAAACACUCGAUCCCAGAAUUGGAACACCAUGAAGAUUUUCUCCAAUGAAUAUCUUCUUUCUCUAUGUUUAUUUCUUCAACCCUUCUCUGCUUCUCAGUCCAUCAGAUGGCAGUGGGCAGGCAGAAGAUGGUUGGAUCUAUACAUUCCAGCCAAGCCACAUAAUGAGAUGGAUUGGCUCUCCUUCAAUCCUAGUUCCAAAUACCCUGGUCCAAUCAGCUAUGGUGAAGGAAAGGGGCUAUGGAACAAAAAUGGCGUCUGGGGCCCCACAGUUAUUACUAUUUGGAUUAGGGGCUUCUGUUCAGGAAAAAGGUAAAACAAUGUAAGUUGGAUUGAAAUCCCAAAGGUAUCUGCCCCUGAGGCCUGGAGUUUGCAAAUGACAGCAUGCUGAGUUCUCCUGGAGACAACAUCCCUUAGAAUCAGGCUAUCCUUUAUCCAUGAUGCCAUGAUGGAUUAUGCUCAGCUCUGGAAUGUGCUCUCAACAUUCCCAUCUGCAAAAUGGAGAAGAUCAGGCAUCACUCAUCUUCUCUGAAGAUAAGUAGGCCUAAGAAAACCAGAGUUAUAUGGAAACGAAAGAAUAGCCCAGGGUCUUCAAAGAGGAAGUAAGAAGGACAGGGAUUUAAUAACUGAAUUUUCACACAUAUAUGUGCACAGGCCCAGAUCACUCAGGUCCAGGAGAAUUUUGUCUGGGACUUGUCUCCAUCAAGCUGGCUUCAUUUCUAGUAUCUUCCAUGUUCUGUCUCAAGGGUUACCAAUAAAACCUGAGAUAGUAUUCUUUGUCAUUACUGUUUCGUCCAAAGGGCCAAAAGUUGGCAAGACAAUCAUUCUUUUCUCCUCUCUAAUGAGGCUCUCAGGGAAUCUGGUCCCAGUGGAUGUGAAGCUCCUGUAAAUGCUUGCUCUGUGAUUGCCCCAAACAUCUUUCCCAAACAGAGGACUAAGACCAUGAACCCCCUGCUCUUCAGUCACUCAGUACCUACCUCUGUUUGCAAGACAGUCCAAUCCCUACAAUGAAGAGAGGUGUCGACCAGUUAUGCAGAGGUGAAUAACACAUGGCAGCAAUAGCCCCAAACUCCCUCAGGUAAGAUGACAGCAAUAGAGACAUUGGUUUCUAUCAAGAUAGAAAUUUUUCUUUUUUUUUUUUAGAAACUUCCUCUGCUCUAUCUUCCAAAUAGAGGAAGUUAAUGCCAGGAGUGGCAUCAUAUGUUACUUAGGAAGAACCCAGUAAUAAUCAGUUUUUUUCUCUCAUCUCUUUAUGAACUAUAUAGGAGUUGAGUGGGUCAGGGGGAGAACUAGGAAAUGUAAGCAGAGACACAUAGAGUCAGGUGUGUGGAUAUCUGUCUCUUUUUAAGUGUUAAUGUUUCUGUUUCUUUUUAUGUUUAUUUAUUUUUGAGAGAGAGAGAGAAAGAGAGACAGAGAGAAUGCCCAAGACAGGGACAGACAGAGAGGGAGACACAGAAUCCACAGCAGGCUCCAGGUUCUGAGCUCUCAGCACAGAGUCUAAGUCAGGACUCAAACUCAGGAGCUGUGAGAUCAUGACCUGACCCAGAGUGGGACGCUUAACUGACUGAGCCACCCAGGCACCCCUACUGUGUGUUUCUCAAUACAAAGUAAGGAUUAGUGAAUCCAGUAGGAAAAACAUCAGAACUCUGUUCGGAAGUUGGGAGUAUGGUUUGGACGGACACAUCCUCUUAGCGAUUCUAUGAACUGAUUUGCAAAUGUGAUCGUGCCUGGAGUCUGAUUUGUUAACGAUCCCUGUAUAGGUAUCUGAUUUCACUGCUGUCUAUUUAUCUGAGUCCAGCCCCAUGAGAGGAGCAAACCAGUCGAGUGUCUCCGAGUUCCUCCUCCUCGGGCUCUCCAGGCAGCCCCAGCAGCAGCAGGCCCUCUUUGCGCUCUUCCUGAGCAUGUACCUGGCCACGGUCCUGGGAAACCUGCUCAUCCUCCUGGCCAUCUGCAUGGACCCCCGCCUGCACAUCCCCAUGUACUUCCUCCUCAGCCACCUGUCCUGUGUGGACAUCUGCUUCUCCACGACCACCGUCCCCAAGAUGCUGGCCAACCACAUCCUUGGGACUCAGGCCAUCUCCUUCUCUGGGUGUCUCACACAGAUGUAUUUUCUCUUUGAGCUUGCCGACAUGGACAAUUUCCUCCUGGCUGUGAUGGCCUAUGACCGCUUUGUUGCCAUAUGUCACCCCUUACACUACUCGACAAAGAUGACCCACCAGCUCUGUGCCCUGCUGGUUGCUGGGUCAUGGGUCAUUGCCAACCUGAAUGCUCUACUGCAUACCCUGCUGAUGGCUCGACUCUCGUUCUGUGCAGACAAUGCCAUCCCCCACUUCUUCUGUGAUGUGACUCCCCUCCUGAAACUGUCCUGCUCUGACACCCACCUCAAUGAGGUGAUGAUUCUGACUGAGGGUUCUCUGAUCAUGAUCUCUCCAUUUAUUUGCAUCCUGGCUUCGUAUGUCCAUAUUACCUGCGCUGUCCUGAGAGUCUCGUCCACGAAGGGAAGAUGGAAAGCCUUCUCCACCUGUGGCUCGCACCUGGCCGUGGUUUCCCUCUUCUAUGGCACCAUCAUUGCUGUGUAUUUCAACCCUUUGUCCUCACACUCUUCUGAGAAGGACACAGCAGCUACUGUGAUGUAUACCGUGGUGACCCCCAUGCUGAACCCCUUCAUCUACAGCCUGAGGAACAGGGACUUGAAGGGGGCCCUACGAAAAAUGGUGGACAGGAAGACAUGCUCUUAGUGAUGACAGUAGAAUGGACCUAUCAUUCCCAGCAUUUUAAUCUUUGCCAAUUCACUGAAUGUAGUAAUCAAAGCGUUUGCAAGGAACUUAGAAUACUCUCAGUACACAGUUAUGAAUGAACUCAGACUUAAGGACAACCCUGUUCCUUUAAAUAGGUAAUUUUAUUUGUUUCUAAUUAUUGUAUUUCAUAUUGCUUUGCCUAAGGACAAGUUUUUCCUUUCUGGGUGAUCAUGCUAAAAAGUUGCAUGUAAUAAUUUUUCCCCACUUCCUUUUUUGGAAAUGCUCUCAGAAUAAGGCAGUGUUUUUUCAAUCUUGGAUACAUGAUAGUAUCACUUGGGGAGCUUUGAUAGCGUACAUACACAUGUUGGACCCAACUUUGACCAAUUAAAUCUUAUUUUCUGGAGUGGGAUCCAGGCAUUGGUAUUUUUUCCCCUUUUAAUGUCUGCAGGAGGUUCUAGUGUAAUUUUCUGAGUUGACCAUCAUGCUGCUUUGGAGUUACUGUAUGAUUGCUCAUUAUCAAGAGUGAACCUUGGCGUGUCUCAGUCGGUUCAGCAUCCAACU